UCAUACUUUCUGAACAUUAUUAAUUUUUUUUUAAUCGUUUUUACUCUUUUGGUACCUUGAUUUUUUUUCUAAUUCUAUUUUAAUUUAUUAUUAUUUUCUUUUCUCUCUUACGGCGCAAAGGUCUCCAGUGUCUACUAAGUUCGAAGCUACUGUCCUUCCCCCCCAUUCUGUUUAUCCACCGGGGGAUAUAACUACGACCAUCGCUCCCCCCAUUUGCCGCGGUUCUCUCCCACCUUCGUUCAGAAUCCCAUCAUUAUUGCGUCUUCCUCCCAUCUUCCUGCUCCCCGAACUCUGAGCACGGAACUUCUACCUCUCCUUUCAAUCACACCCUUCUUACCUCUCUUAUUCUCCUACUCAGCUUGCAUCAAUGGAACCUGCGGUACGGAAGCCAGAAGUGAGCUUCCACGGCCAGCGCAGCAUGCCCUCCAAGCAGCAGCGAGUGCCCUCGAAGCUGAAGGCCACUCCCAGGGAUGAGCUUCACGACUUGCUUUGCGUGGGUUUCGGUCCUGCCUCUUUGGCGAUCGCAAUUGCCUUGCACGAUGCCCUGGAUCCUUGUCUGAACAAGUCCGCUCCUGCGCCUGGAUCGCAGCCCAAGGUUUGCUUUGUCGAGCGCCAGAAGCAGUUCGCUUGGCACUCGGGCAUGUUGGUCCCUGGUUCCAGGAUGCAGAUCUCUUUCAUCAAGGAUCUGGCGACCCUUCGUGAUCCUCGCAGCAGCUUCACCUUCCUCAACUAUUUGCACCAGAAGGAUCGUCUGAUCCAUUUCACGAAUCUGGGGACGUUCCUUCCGGCCCGCUUGGAGUUCGAAGACUAUAUGCGGUGGUGUGCGCAACAGUUCUCCGAUGUCGUGUCUUAUGGAGAGGAAGUUGUCGAUGUGACACCCGGAAAGACGGACCCUACCAGCUCGGUGGUCGACUUCUUCACCGUCCGCUCUCGCAACGUUGAGACGGGUGGGAUCAUUGCCAGAAGAGCGCGCAAGGUGGUGACUGCACUUGGUGGCUCAGCAAAGAUGCCCCCAGGCCUGCCCCAGGACCCCCGUAUUAUGCACUCGUCGAAGUACUGCACCAACCUGCCCCACCUGCUGAAGAACCCGAACGAACCCUACAACAUUGCCGUGCUAGGAAGUGGCCAGAGUGCUGCUGAGAUCUUCCACGACUUGCAAAAGAGAUACCCCAACUCGAAGACAACACUGAUCAUGAGAGAUUCGGCUAUGCGGCCUAGUGACGAUUCUCCUUUUGUGAAUGAGGUCUUCAACCCCGAACGUGUCGACAAGUUCUAUAACCUCUCUGCCGAAGAGCGUCAGCGUUCCCUCAAGGCCGACAAGGCUACCAACUACAGUGUGGUCCGCCUUGAACUCAUUGAGGAGAUCUACCACGAUAUGUACGUUCAGCGGGUCAAGAACCCCGACGAGAAGCAAUGGCAGCACCGCAUUCUCCCCGGACGCAAGAUCACGCGAGUCGAACACCAUGGACCUCAGAGUCGGAUGCGGAUCCACGUGAGGGCGACGAAGGAUGGAUCGGACAGCCUUGUCGGCGACGGCAAGGAGACACUGGAGGUGGAUGCACUCAUGGUGGCGACCGGCUACUACCGCAACGCACAUGAACAGCUCUUGAGCAAUGUGCAGCAUCUGCGACCGGAGGGCCAGGAGGAAUGGAAGCCGAGCCGGGAUUACCGGGUCGAGAUGGAUCCCAGCAAGGUCAGCCCCUAUGCUGGAAUCUGGCUGCAGGGCUGUAACGAGAAGACACACGGACUGAGCGACAGUCUUCUGUCGGUGCUGGCAGCACGUGGUGGAGAGAUGGUGGAGUCGAUCUUUGGCGAGCAGCUUGCGGGUGCAACGGUGCCGGUCACGAAGUUGCGCGCUAUGCUGUAAAGGCUUUUCGCCGCAUUGGAGACCCAGGAGGGGUUCCGCUUUCUAGACGCGUGAAUGAUGGCGCUAGGGCGGGCAUUUCUUUCUUUGCAGAAAAAGAAUGCCCCGGAAAAUGAGCGUGCAUAUCCCCAAACAGAUUGGUAGGGGAUGAUAUCUUCUUUUGCGAUCAUCUACUUGACUGUAUCUGUGUUCAAUUCUCUGUUUCAUUACCUAUACUUUGUUACUAUUGUUACUACCCCAUCAUCUGAUUCCCCAAGUACCCCAUUGCGAGUUAUAUAGCCAGCCACAUUGGAAUUGUAUAACGAAUAGAGAUCGGAAUGCAUCAAGUCUG